AGGUUUGAACCUCAAAUAAAACGGAUUCAAAACAUCAUGGUUCCGUCAGGAGAGAUGAACUCCGGAGCAGCGUUCCUGGUUCCUGGGUUCCCUAAACCUGGAGCUCCCUUCAAGAUCCUCCAUGUUCCCUCAAAACAACUGGAUAUUCCUAAUCCUUGGCAUCAAGAGACAAGGUCGGUUGAGAAUAUAAGAGAAGGUCAAUUAUCCGAGGAGAUAAAAGAACCCCCGGAGAAAAUCAAACCUGUUUUCAAAUCUUCCGCCAAACCGUCGAGUAAGAAUGAUAUUCCUUCAAAAGUCACACCUGGAGCCAAAGUAUUUCUCAAACCUAGUGGAACUGCUCCUAAAGCUGCUCCGAAGACUAGUGGAGCGGGAUUAAAGCCUAAAUCUUCUCGCAAAGCCAAUGUGCCAUCUCCAAUCCUUCAGAAGAGUACUCAAAAUAUUAGCGGACAAGAGGAGCAAUGUGUCUUAGGACUUUCUCAGGGUUCUGCAUCUCUUCCAGCUCCAGGUCCCAAUAUGAACCAAAAGUUCUCAGCCCUAGGUGCAUAUCCAGUAAGGUUCCAAACUCAAGGUACUGAUCUAACUCCAAGGUUUGGAGCUCCAGUUGUGAACCCAACCUCAAGGUUUCCUUCUCCAGUUGGAACUCUAACUCCCAGCCACCUUAACUAUAUACGAAGUGAGGACAAAAGAAAAGCCUACGCUGGACCUCUAGGAUCCCGUCAAAACAUUGAUAGCGUUGAUUUACAUAAGAAUACCCUGAGUAAAGGAACUCCUUCCUUCUUCCCUAAAUUUGGAGUUGGAGACAUAAACUUGGGGUUUCUAGUAUCCCUGGACCAGUCUGGAGAGAAAACUAGAGUUUGGGAAAUGAACGACCAACUAGCCAGCAAUGGUGGACGUGUACCUCAUAUAGGAGCAGGGGAAGGUGAUCAGGGAGGACCGGGUGGAGUACCAACCACAACCAGAGGAAUUCAAGGAGGAAAUCAUCUCCAAUCCAUGCCUGUAGCGCAUACACCUAAAAGAAAGCGUGUCAAUAAACCACCAAAAUAAGAAUUCUGAAUCUUAAGGAUUAAGAAAUAUUUUUCCGUCACAACCCUGGCACAUUCGCCAGUAAAUAACUUUCAUGGCCUUAUCUUUUUAGUUUUUAGUUAAAAUGUCUCUUUGAUAUUUAUUAUGUAAAAAUGUUUUUUUGUGAGAUUAACUGAAAAUUUAGUUGGAAACUAACAAUGUAUAAUAUGAAUUAAAAAUGGUUUUAUUCUUUUUAAUGCUAAGAAAAUUUAUAUUGUUACAGAUAUUAAAAAUCAU